AUGAUGUGCAAAAUACUUUGCGUACUGAUGGCUUCGGCCAAUCUGCUCACGAUGGCGUACACGGUGUACAUGAUCAUGCAGUACAUGGACGAGCAACCGCUGCUCGAAGUAUUUAUAUCACCCUGUCUUGCCAACAUGGUACUGGCCGUGCUUUUAGUCAUAGGAAUUGCGACGGAGGAAAUCUCUCUCAUAAGGCUGUUUAAAAUAUUUCUCUAUGCUCAACUCGUAUUCGCACUACUCAUGGUGGUUUACGCUCAUCGGUUUUUCGAAAGCGUCAAAAUGCCCGUCCUGGUGGUGAAGGUGUACUUCAGUAUUAUGUUCGUUGUCUGUGGUGUGGAGCUAGUCAUUGUAUCGACCACAAUCGAGUCGCUGCGCAAAAAGCUGAAUCCAGCGGAGGGGCUCGUAGUGUACAUGCCCGUUGCGUAA